AUGGCAUCCGAGGCUGUAGCUACCGGCAGCUCUAGCGAGGGGCUCACCCCUGCCCAGAAGCUCAUGGAGCAGCACGACCACCAUGUCACGGUCGAGGACGUUGUCGACGAGGACGAUCUCACCCAUCCUCCGCCGUCUGCCGCCCUCAAGUCCGACGCCAUCGACAGCGCUGCUGCCCCCUUGAGCGAGAAGGCUGCUGGCAAACAGAAAGCUAACGACACGGCUGCGCCCGCCAAAAAAGCCGCCGGGCUGAACACCGCUUCAGAAGAGGCAUUUCCAGCUCUCGGCCCUGUCAAGCCCCGUGCCCAGGCUGCUGUUGCACCCACUUGGGGCAAGAAGCCUGCCUCACUGGCUGCGAAUGGCGUCAAUGGCAGUGGUACCGCCUCGCGUGCUUCGAACCCAGCCUCUGGAACCGCUACUCCCGCCUCUGUUCCAGCCUCGCGUGGCCCCGCCCUCCCGAGCAUGGCUCUUCCUGGCAAGCACAAAGAGCAGAUUGCGUUCCUUACCUCCGACCUCAAGCCGCUGAAGGAGUUGAAGAAGCCUAUUCCUCAGAUCAUCCACGACAUCAACAAGCGUUCUAAGGCUAGGCUCGAGCGAAAGGAAUCUCCAAAUGGCGUCAUCUUCGAAGCCACUGGUCCGGCGCCGGCUGUUCGCCAGUCGCUCUUGGAGGUCGCUAACGAGGUUCUCGCCAAGCAAUCUGUGAAGCUCUCCAUCCCUGCUUCGGUCCGGCCCUUCAUCAUCGGUCGUGGCGGUGACAAGAUCAAGGAAAUCAGCAACCGCUCUGGUGCACGCGUGCAAAUCCCGAAGCAGGACGUACAAGAUGAGGAUGACGAAGUCGACGUGAUAAUUGAGGGCAACGCUCUUACUGCUGGAAUUGCUCGUCAAGAGAUCAUGGCCAUCGUGAAGGAGCGCACAUCGACUGUAAAUCUGCGACUCAAGGACAUCCCCGCCGAAUACUACCCCUUCCUCGCUGGCCCCCGCAAUGCCCACAUCGCGAAUAUCCAGGGAAAUCGCGAUGUUCGUGUGCAAAUUCCGCACUACCAUACCUGGGACGAGCAAGCUCCUGCUCAGGCGCCUAGCAACUUCGUUCCACAGGCCAAGUACCCUAUCCAGAUCUCUGGAGACCGGGAGGCUGCACAGCAAAUUCAGGCAGAGCUUCAACGCCGCGUGGAGCAGUUGCGCACUCAAUUGGCUAUCGAACGCCAAAAUGUAGAGCGUGGUCGCCAUCAAUUUAUUGCGGGUGAGCGGGGUUACUCGUUGCAUGACUUCCUCGAUGAAACUGGCUGUACCAUUAUUGUGCCACCCAGCACCGAUCCGAGUGAAGAGGACAUUUACGUUGUCGGACCUGCCGACAAGAUCAAGGCUGGCGUGGACAAGCUCAAUGACAUCGCGUACAGUAUGCAAUCGACAAUGGCUGACAGCACUCGCGAGCAUCGUGGACCAAACGCCCAGACGCAUGCCCGCAAUUUGACCCGCUAUCUUCAGCAACGCGAGCUCAUCAAAGAACUCGAACGUACACACAACACGAGCAUCGUCGCCCCGUCAGAGCGAGAUGGACCGACCGCGUGGGAAAUCUACGGUAAAGAGGCUCGGGACACCCAAAAGGCACGCAGUGAUAUCAUGAGCAUCUUUGCUGGUCACCCUCCGUCACGAUUCUCCACCGUCAAUGUCGACCCCUUUUAUCACCAACACCUGCAAGCGCGGAACGCACAACACGUCCGCGACAACCUGGGUGUGCAGAUAGUCUUCCCAGAUGAAUUGGAAGAGUCACCAGAGCUGAUCCUUGUGUAUGAGGGUCCUACUCCUCAUGCCGAGUAUACCAUUCCUCGGGGUGCACCGCCCUCUGCAGACGUACAGGCGUAUCAAAAGGCGCUACAAGAGGCUCAGCAGUUCAUCCAACGAUUGACAGGCAACCAGCAGGAGCUUGCUUCUCGAGACAUCGAGACGCAUGCUAAAUUCCAUCCCAAGAUUCAGCGCUUCGUUGAGAAGGAGCAGCAAGGUCUCGAUCAAGAUCAGAUUCCCGUCCAGCUGCUCUUCGGCGACCGUCGCCCCAAGGCUAGCACUUCGAACAACAACUUCGGCAUGCGCGGACCUGCAGAUGCACUUGAGGAACUGUACACCAAAGUUCUUGCUUUCAUCGAGCAGGAGAAGAAGGAUGAGCUCGAGCGUGGCUACACUACUUCCUUCGACUUCCCCCAGAAAUAUGCCAACUUCCUCAUUGGUAAGGGUGGUGAGAAUAUUCGCAAGCUGCGAGAAGAGUUCGACGUCGAUAUCCAAGUCAACGAUGGCAAAGUUGAGCUUAAAGGUCCCCAGGCCAAAGCACAUGCCUGCAAAGCCCACAUUGAAUCGCUUGGAAAGCGACUUGCAGAUGAGGCUACGCACACUCUAAAGGUCAAGCCUCAGUACCAUCGCGACCUCAUCGGCGCCAAAGGAAGCACUGUAAACCGCUUGCAGGAGCGCUACAACGUCCGCAUCAACUUCCCUAGAUCCAGUGGUAAAGCCGAUGAUGAAGCUGCAGGCGAAGGCGCGUCGCAACGCAACUUCCGCGCUCAGGCUCCCGAUGAGGUCAUUGUUCGCGGUCCACGUAAGGGUGCGGAUGAGGCCCGUGACGAAAUUCUUAGCCUCCUGCAGUAUGCCGUUGACAAUUCUCACACCGAUAGCGUUUUCGUUGCGCAGAGUCAGGUCCCACAACUGAUCGGGUCUGGCGGCCGGGAGAUGGAGAACCUCCGAUAUGCAACUGGAUGCCAGAUCGAUGUCCCUGGUGCUCGUGAGGGUGCCGAUCCUUCUGGACGUGCUGAGAUCAAGCUCAAGGGUACCAAGAAGCAAGUCGAGGAAGCGAAGAAGUUGUUGCAGGAGCGCGCUAAGGUCUUCGAUGAUACCAUCGUGAAGACCCUUGAUGUGGAUAAGAAACAUCACAGGACCCUCAUUGGCGGCAGCGGUUCCAAUAUCCGCUCAAUUGUUACUGCUGCCGGUGGGCCCGACAACUCGCGUGAAUUGGCACGUAUGGUCCGUUUUCCCCGUCCUGAAACCGAUGAGUCUGUGAUCCGCGUUGAGGGACCCAAGAAUGUCGUGGAGAAGAUUGUUGCCUCACUCCAGGCUCAGGCGGAAACUCUCGAAAAGCAAGUGACAGAAAAUGUGGAAAUCUCGCCCGACAAGCAUAGACUACUAAUCGGUCGCGGAGGUGAGACUCGUCGGUCUCUGGAAGAGAAGUUCGCCAUUCAGCUCGACGUCCCCAAGCAAACAACUACCGGUGCCGCGCGCUCUCAGGUGAAGAUCUCUGGUGAGCCGGCUCAGGUGCAGCAAGCUAAGGAGCAUAUCCUCGACUUGGUUAAGGGCCAGGAAGGCGAGACCAUCCAAGUGCCGCGCCACCUUCACCACGCUAUCUCGGAUAACGGCCAGUUCUUCCGCCGUCUCCGCAACGAACACAAGGUGACGGUUGAUCAUGCUGGCCAGCAAGUCCCUCCUAGGCCGAGUCAAGAGCAGGGCGGUAAGGCUCGCAAGGGCACAAAUGGUGCUCUACCUCUCAUCACCGAUGACACCACCGGCGGAGCUGAUGCACACUCCUGGGAAAUUGUCGAGAACAACCCCGCCGCCGAGGGCGACACGUCGGCUACCAUCCCAUGGAUACUUCGCGGGCCUGCCGACAACAUCCUGAAGGCGCGCCAGGUACUAGAGAAGGCUAUCGAGGCAGCAUCCAAGCCUUCCGCUCAUGGAUACUUGAUACUUCCGGAUCCGCGUAGUUAUAGGCUUGUUGUCGGUGCAGGCGGUAGCACGAUCAACAGCAUCCGCAAGAAGACGGGCACAAAGGUGCAAGUACCGCGUGAUCAAGCCAAGGACGAGGCUAUCGAGAUUGUGGGUUCGAAGCAAGGAUGUGAGGAGGCUAGAGAUAUGAUUCUGGAUAUUGUGUCUCGAGGCGGGAAUGCUGGUCAGAAGUAG